AUGCCUUUUCUUGAUAUUCCAGAGAAAUCUAAUAGAUUGAAAAGUCUUAAUAUUAUUUCAAACAAUUAUGGAAAAUAUAAUGAAUAUGAUGCUAAAGAAAAGAACGAUCAUUUAAUUGUAGAAAAAAUAAUGCAAGGAAAUAAUAAAAAAGAAGGACUUAAUAUUUCAGGACUCUCUAUAAAUGAAGGAGAAUGUCAAAAAAAAUCUAAAGAAAUUUAUAUAUCUCCUCUUCCAGGCUUUGUUAUUAAAACGAUACAAACAGGCGAUCAAAAAAAGCGGUUUCCUCAAGGUACAAAAGUAUUUCUUAAUUUAUGUCAUUCAGAAAAAGUUACACCGCCAAAAGAUGGUGUUGAUCGUGAUAUUGGGCUAAAAAUAAUGAGAGGAUGGCAUUGGGAAAUACCUAUUGUUGUAAGUGUAGAACGAUGGGAUGUAGACAAAGCUGGAAGGAAAUGUUUAGUAAUAGAUUGUUGUUGUAAUACUUCUGUUAUGAAGUUAUCUAAAGAAGAUAUAAAUAUUCGUUUUUUUUUCAUUGAAACAUGUUUUGAGGUUGUUGAAGAUAAAACAGGAAUGAUUCUUUCUAGAGAAUAUACUAUUCCUAAAAUGAAAUCUAAAGGUGAAUUACUAUCAAGUAUUUUGGAACUAGACAAUAUUUUUGAUAAAAAAAUACAAGAAAUUGAUAGUAAAAAUAUAUCUUCAAAAUAUAUUAAGAAAAAUGCAUCUCAAGAAAUUAAGAAAACUGGUGCUAUUAUAAACAAAAAUGUACAUUUAUCUCUUUCAGAAACAAAUAUUGAAAAAAAUGAACUAAUGAAACCAAUAUAUACUAUUGAAGAGUUUUUCCCGCUAGAUGGCAGUACAAAAAGAUUUAAAGUAGUAGUAGACCUUCCAUUAAUAGAAAAUGCUACUCAUACAUGUUUAGAAUUGAUCAAUAAGAAUGGAGUAUUUUCAUUAAUGCUUUGUGUAAAAGAUGUUUAUGCUAAAUUAAAAAUACCUAUUUCUGAAUUUUAUAAGGAGGAAAAUUCAUCUAUAGAAGCCUUUUUUGUAAAUAAAAGAAAAAAACUUUAUAUAUUUGUACCAUGUACAUAA